AUUAUUUUGUUUCCAUUGUACUUUUUUAUUUCGGGUUUUAAUCCUAUUUUGUGUUGUGUUUUAUUUUGUUUGUACUUUGUUUUUUUGUUUUGUUUAAAAAAAAAUAAAAAAUAAAAAAAAAUAAAAAAUAAUAUAAAAAAAAAAAAUAUAGAUAAUUUAAAUUUAAAAACUUAAUAAUAAAAACUGUUUGUUUAAGAACAAUUAUUUGUAUAACCAUUAAUUUUCAUCCACCUCUACCACCCUCAUCAUUACAGUAUAAAAUGACCCAAUAUAUAAAUAGUUCAAAUAAAGAGAACCAAAUCAAUAGACCAAUUAUUGAUAGCAGAACCCCAUUGUCAACUAUUAAAGGAGGUAACAUCAAUAAUCCCAUUAAACCAAGCAAUAAAGCUUCAAACCAACCAAACCCAUCAUUACAAAAUGUAAUUAAAUUAGAGCAUUCUUUGGAAGAUGCUUUAAAGAAAAUUAAAUUACUUGAAGCUCAAUUAAAGCAAAAAGAUGUGAUUAUUUCAGAACUUAAGACCCAAAAUCAAAUUUUAGUCGAUUCAUUUUCUGAAAAUGAAAAAACUAAUUCUAGAAUUAACAAUAAUAGAAUUAGAAAGAUUCAAAAUCUUACCUUAUCCAACCAAACUUUACAAGAAAAGUUGGAAGAAGAAUUUUUUAAAAAUGAAAAAAAGGAUAAAAUUAAUAUUAUUCAGAAUAAUAACCGAAUUAGGUUAAUUCACAAGUUAAAAACUGAGAAUAAUGAACUCAAAAAAAACCAUCAUCAUAAUCUUCACCAUCAACAAAACCAAGUUGAACAACAGUUGCAUCACCAUGAACAAUUAACAAUAAAUAGAUCGACAAAUUCCUCAGCUCCAGUUGAACCAGCCCAAUCUAUUAAAGAAUUAAUUGUACCUUCACAACCAAUCUCCUCAUCAAGUGUAAAUUACUAUGGAUUAGAAGACUAUGAGGAGCAUGUUGGUGAAUGCUAAAUCAAUAAUUUAAUCAUUAUUGAUUUUAUCAUUAUUUCUCUCAAAAACUCUUUUCUUUUUUUUUCAAAUGAAAAAAAAAAAAAAAAAAGAAUUUAUCUAAAAAACUAUUUCAAUUUUUUUUCCUCCUAUUAUUUAAUAAAAUUAAUAAUAAAAAAAAGAGAUAGCCAUUAUUAUGUAUAUCAAAAUUUAAAAAAAAA